CCCUAACUCACCCCUUCACACUCCCAUUUCACCUCCCAAAACCGCCGUCGUCUCCAAACCCUAACCCUAACCAAAUGGGUAGAGUAAUCCGAGCCCAACGUAAGGGAGCAGGCUCCGUCUUCAAGUCCCACACGCACCACCGUAAGGGUCCGGCUCGUUUCCGGAGCCUCGACUUCGGUGAACGCAACGGCUACUUGAAAGGUGUGAUCACUGAAAUUAUCCAUGACCCGGGGCGUGGUGCGCCGCUUGCUCGCGUGACGUUCCGUCACCCGUUCCGGUACAAGCACCAGAAGGAGCUGUUUGUGGCGGCUGAGGGUAUGUAUACUGGACAGUUUGUGUUUUGUGGGAAGAAGGCGAAUUUGAUGGUGGGGAAUGUGUUGCCGCUUAGAUCUAUUCCUGAAGGAGCUGUGGUUUGUAAUGUUGAGCAUCAUGUUGGGGAUAGAGGCUCGUUUGCUAGAGCUUCUGGCGAUUAUGCUAUUGUUAUUAGUCAUAAUCCUGAUAACGGCACCACCAGGGUGAAGCUUCCAUCUGGAGCCAAGAAAAUUGUGCCAAGCGGAUGUCGUGCUAUGAUUGGUCAAGUUGCAGGUGGAGGACGUACCGAGAAGCCAAUGCUGAAGGCCGGUAACGCUUACCACAAGUUCCGUGUGAAGAGAAACUGCUGGCCCAAGGUUCGUGGUGUGGCUAUGAACCCAGUGGAGCAUCCCCAUGGUGGUGGUAACCAUCAACAUAUUGGUCAUGCCAGUACCGUUCGUCGUGACGCACCACCUGGUCAAAAGGUCGGUCUUAUUGCCGCCAGGAGGACUGGUCGUCUCAGAGGUCAAGCCGCUGCCACUGCUGCCAAGGCUGAUAAGUAAUAAACUGGUGUCAUGGAUGCUUUUAGUUUUGUUAUCUCUGGUUCUGUUAUUGGUAGUUUUCUCAAGCUUAUUUGCUACUGUUAUGUUUGUUUUCAUACAUUGGAUCUUUUUGGAAAGUUUUGGAGUAAGAUAUUGAUUAUUAAACAUUUUGUUGAGCUUAUGGUAUUGAUGUUGAUUUGUUUGAUG